AUGUACAUUCUUCCCCUUCGCGACACAGAGCACCUCUCAGCUCUUCCUCCCGCGGCGCCCACAAUAGUCCGUGUUACAGGCCAGUCCCCGCCUCGGCGGAACACGCCUACCUCAUACUCCACUCCCUCUACUCCUUCAUCCCCUUACAUCCUUGCUAUCGGCGAACUCGUCCCAAUCUCGGGGUCGUUUGCCGCAGACGGGCACUCUCUCCCGCACAUUCUGAUUGGCGGCGCCGCCUCGGACGCAGUUUCUGCAGACCUUCUCCGGCUGAUUCAGACUGAUCCGCGAUAUCAGUCUCCCGCUCACGACCUGCGGAACUGCCGCCGGCGCGAAACUUGCGAUAGUCCAGCCUCGACGGCGCCGCCCGCAACUUGCGCCAUGCCCGAAGAUCAGCCUAUGGCGCAAACAGCGACAGUGCCGGGCGCCAUCCAGGCGCAGGACAAGCAGUUACCAGGCGCUCUAUUAGAACCGGAAGAGCAUGUUGACAAGACCCCCGAAAUCGCCGAGUUGGCCUACCGGAGCGUUUCUAUGCAGGAACUGCAGACGUUGCGUUCGCUCAAAAUUGCCUACAUGUACUCGAACGGCCUUCUCGACGAGUUCUUCACUGCGACCUCCUUUACGACGUCGCCUUUGGCCUCGACCCUGCCUGCAAAUGCCGUUCAACCACCUGUUCCAGCAUUCUCGCACACACCGACGUCAAUCUCCACGCCGCCCACGUCCGCUGAGUCCGGUCUCCCCAUCCUCGCGCUCGAAAUUAAUCCGCUCGAUGGCGGACGAGACGGCGUCGUGCACCGAGUUGUUGGCUUUGACAAUGCGCCAUUGGUCGCUAAGCUCAGCCAUGCCGACCGCGUAGAGGAGGCGGAGAACGAGUUGGCCGUCUACCGGACAAUCCAGGACGCCUCUCUUGACGGCAAGCUCGUCCCACGGCUGUUUCGUGCUAUGCGGGGGUCGCAAUACUUGGACUGGACAACGAUCGUGUUUGUGAUGGAGGACGGAGGGUCCCACCUGCGGUCGUGGACGGACUUGACGGCUGACGAACGACCGCAGCUCUACAACAACUUGCAAGACCUUCACCGUCUCGGCAUUUACCACGGCUAUAUCAAGCCCAGCAACGUCCUCCGCUCAUCCGCCGGCCAGCUUCGCUUCAUUGACUUUGCCACGGCUUUCGUCCACGAGUGCGAGGGGGAUGACUGUUACGAGCUACAACGCUUCCGCGAGAUCCUGGAGCUCUAG